AUGGUUCGAAAUGGGGUGAAUUUUGGUCUCAGAAGACCCAAUUAUACGUCGCCUUUGGCAGAAUAUGUCUUACAGACAGAUGCACCCCUAAGGACCAAAAUCCCCAAAUUCACCAAGUUUGCUGGGGAUACUACUGAGUCUACUGUCGAACAUGUGGCGAGAUACCUAAUUGAAGCUGGAGAUAUGUCAAAUAACGAGAAUCUUCAGAUGAAAUUUUUUCCAAGUUCUCUUACCAAGAAUGCUUUUACAUGGUUCACAACUUUGCCCCAGAAUUCGAUCCAUUCAUGGAACCAGCUUGAAAGAAUGUUCCAUGAACAGUUCUACAUGGGGAAAACGAAGAUAAGUUUGAAAGAGUUGGCUAGUGUCCGACGAAAAUUCACUGAGCCAAUUGACGACUACCUGAAUAGAUUUAGACUACUCAAAUCCAGGUGUUUUACGCAAGUGCCAGAGCAUGAGUUGGUCGAAAUGGCCGCUGGGGACCUUGAUUACUCGAUUAGAAAGAAGUUGGAUACUCAAUACCUAAGGGAUAUGGCCCAGUUGGCUGACAUAGUUCGACAGGUAGAACGUUUAAAAGAGGAAAAGGCUAGAACAAACAAAGGUAAAAGGGUAGCCUAUGUCGAUUUUAGGAAAGAUCAUGAAGAUUCAGGCCUUGAAGUUCCAGACUUCGACGAUACUGAGAUUGAUCUUACUGAGUUAACACAGGGGCCACCAUAUGCGUGCAAAGUUUUGGCCACUUCGAACGGGAGAUACCCUGUCAAACCUGAAAAGAAUGACAGGUUUCCUAAGAAAACAUAUACUUUCGAUGUUACAAAAUGUGAUGAAAUCUUCGACUUACUGGUCAAAGAUGGUCAAAUGAUAGUACCUCCGGGUGCUAAAGUACCUCCUUUAGAACAAAGAAAAAAAUGA